AUAAUGCUUCAAGAGUUCACCUCGUGUUAAUUGAGACCUCAAAACAAGACAUAAAAUAAGGCAAUAUCUGUUCUGUGUCCUGGAUUUUGAAAUGUAUAUAUAAGUUGCAAACUUGUUUAUACAUACUUCAUAUACUACAUUAUAUUCAUCAAAACAACACACACAUAAGACAUCACCAAAGCUUAAUCUAUAAAACAAAUGGAUUUCAAGAGCAAUGGCAGUGAAGAAACUCAGCUGUAUCAUGCUCAAAUCCAUUUAUACAAACAUGUAUACAGCUUUAUAAGUUCCAUGGCACUCAAAUCUGCUGUGGAACUAGGAAUAGUAGAUGCAAUCCACAAACAUGGAAAGCCUAUGACUGUUCCUGAAUUAGCCUCAUCUUUGAAACUUCACCCUUCUAAAGUUAGUGUCCUAUAUAGGUUCUUGCGCUUGCUAACACACGAUGGUUUCUUCGCAAAAACAACAGUGAAAGAAGAAACAGCUUAUGCUCUCACACCUCCUUCAAAGCUUCUCAUCAAUGGUGAAUCAACUUGUUUUGCACCACUUGUUAAGGGAAUUCUUCAUCCAUGUUCUCUGGAUAUGUGGCACUCCUCUAAGAAAUGGUUCUCAGAGGAGAAGGAUCUUGCACUUUAUGAAAGUGCAAUGGGGGAGACAUUUUUUAACUUUCUUAACAAAGAUUCUGAAUCUGAUAAACUUGGUCUGUUUCAAGGGGCCAUGGCAGCUGAUUCACAAAUGUUUAAGCUUGCUCUCAAGGACUGCAGCCAUGUGUUUGAGGGUUUGGAAUCUUUGGUUGAUGUGGCAGGUGGGACUGGAGUUGUGUCAAAACUCAUUCAUGAAGAAUUUCCACACAUCAAAUGCACAGUUUUAGAUCAACCACAGGUUGUGGCUAACUUAUCUGGAACUCAAAAUUUGAACUUUGUUGGUGGAGAUAUGUUCAAAUCAAUCCCUCCUGCAGAUGCUGUUUUACUCAAGUGGGUUUUGCAUGAUUGGGAUGAUGAACUCUCCUUAAAGAUAUUGAAUAACAGCAAAGAAGCUAUUUCAGGAAAAGGAAAAAAAGGAAAGAUAAUAAUCAUAGACAUAUCAAUUGAUGAAACAAGUGAAGAUCGUGAGUUAACCGAGUUACAAUUGCACUUUGACAUGGUAAUGAUGACUCUACAUAAUGGAAAAGAAAGAGAAAAGAAAGAAUGGAAGAAACUCAUAUAUGAUGCAGGUUUCAGUAGCUACAAGAUUACUCCAAUAUGUGGCUUCAAGUCUCUUAUAGAAGUUUAUCCUUAAUUCUAAUUAAUAGUUGUUGCAAAUAAGUUAUUUACAAAUUCAAUAAGUCAAAUUUGUAAUGUUUAUUGUUUGUCUUUGCAUCAAAUGUUUAUUGUUUCCUAUGAAAGGUGAAUUUCUCAAGAUUGUUUAUUAAAA